CUCCUCUGUGGAAUAAACUAUCUCUGCUGUGACGUCACCGUCGUCUCCGAACCAACAUGGCGAACAUUCGGUGUGUCAAGGGUAUGGUCGGCCUGGUGACAGGCGGUGCAUCAGGUCUAGGUCGGGCCACCGUGGAGCGUCUGGUACAAAACGGAGCGGCUGCCGUCAUCCUGGACCUGCCUUCCUCCGAUGGACCGGCUCUGGCAGAGAAACUCGGAGACCGCUGUGCCUUCGCUCCAGCAGAUGUGACGUCAGAGGCAGACGUGAAGGCAGCGGUGUCCCUGGCCAAAGAAAAGUUUGGGAAACUGGACCUGGCUGUGAACUGUGCCGGCAUCGCUGUAGCCUUCAAAACCUACAACUUUAAGAAGGACGCCCCUCACAGCCUGGAGGACUUCCAGCGCGUUAUCAAUGUGAACAUUGCAGGAACCUUUAAUGUGAUUCGGCUCGCUGUGGGUGAGAUGGGGAAGAACGAGCCUGACGCAGACGGACACAGAGGCUGCAUCAUCAACACAGCCAGCGUGGCAGCUUUUGAUGGACAGGUGGGCCAGGCGGCGUACUCAGCUUCUAAAGGCGCUAUUGUUGGAAUGACCCUCCCCAUUGCACGAGAUCUGGCACCCAUGGGCAUCAGAGUCAUCACCAUAGCACCUGGUCUCUUCUCCACCCCUCUCCUGGCCGGUCUUCCAGAGAAAGUCCGCUCCUUUCUCGCCCGACAGGUGCCCUUCCCGUCGCGCCUGGGAGACCCCGCUGAGUUCGCCCACAUGGUGACGUCCCUGGCGGAGAACCCGAUGAUUAACGGAGAGGUCAUCAGACUUGACGGAGCCAUCCGCAUGCAGCCUUGAGACUGAUGGUGUGCUUGUUUGUGUGCGUUUGUUUUUUUUGGCCACAGUGACAAAGGCGUUGAUCUUCAGCAGCAUCCAAUGACUGAACACUUUAACGUCUGAGUGUGGCUCUUUGUUGUGUCUAUGUUGUAGAAAGCUGCAAACAGUACAAAUACACUGUAAUAGAUCACAAACACACUUUAGGUUUGUGUGAGACUGUGAGCGAGAGAGUGUGUAGAAAUAAGACUGUACAUCUUCAGAGCAUUGCAGUAAUUUUUGCACUCCACUUUGAUUGUUUUGUAACUAAACCGGAUGAAAAUAAA